AUGAAUAUGCUUUUGGUUGAACUCAAAGAUGAGGAGAAGUCCUGGCUGGGAUGUUGGACAAAGGAAACGAAGGAUGCAGUUCGACCUUUGGAAGUGGAUGUUGUUAUAAUCGAACCGAAUAUGACGAUUUUGAACAAAGUGGUCACCAAACUUAGUCAGACCCGCUCUAAGACUUGGAUGGAUGAGAGGUAUCCUGCAAGAAUCACAUUGGAAGAUGAAUGCCUCAGAUACAAUUCAUUUGAUAGAAGUGAAGAGGGGAAGAAAAGGGAAGAGAAGAAAAAGGAAUGGUUCGAAGAGCCCGCGGUAGACGAUUUCUCAUGA